AUGUACGAACUAAGGCCAUUUCACCACCAUCCCCGCCCUCCUCCUUCCCACCCAAACCCACAGAACUCCAAACUCAGAACCCAUUCCCAUGCUUCUGUUUCCUUAUCCCAGGUUUCCACCACCCUCGAAGUCGCCCCCCAUCCGCCAUUGUUGCAGUCCUCAAGCUUCCAGCUGUCGGCCAGCACGACUGAUGCCAGGAGCGUCGUUCCCAUCAGAGCAAGGCAUGCCCAGAUGAUAAAAUCACCCAAAAACAGCGAUUCCGAGCCAAAGGCCAGAGCUUUGGUCACUUCUUACUUGGAGCUCGGCGAUCGUGGGUCGGCUGUUGUGGGGUUUCUGUUGGGUCUGGAGGGGAAUUACACUUCAUGGAUUUCUUUCCUGGAAGAAUUUGAGAGCUCGGGAGGCGAUUUGAGGGAAAUCCUUGAGGUUUUCCUUGACUUGAAAUGUAGAGGCGGCGUGGGUUUUGGCAGCAGGGUUGUCACUUUGAUCUUGAAGAUUUGUGCUUCUGUGCAUCAUUCAUGGAUGGGUUUGGGAAUUCAUGCUGGUUUGAUCAAGAUGGGACUGGAUUCAGAUGUUUACAUAAGCUGCGCCUUGCUAGGUUUUUAUAGGUGGUGUUUUGGUGUGGGAAUUGCCAACCAGGUGCUUAAUGAAUUGUCUGAACCAGAUGACCGUUUGUGGAACCAGGCAAUCAUCAUGAACUUGGAGGGUGGUGAGUUCAGUCAAGCUCUUGGGCUCUUUAGAGCAAUGCAAUUGGGCCCUUGGAAGACCAGUCCUCGUACAAUUGUGAAGCUGUUGCAAGCAUGCGGGAAAGAAGGAGCUCUGGAUAAAGGGAAGCAGAUUCACGGGUACGUUCUAAAACAUGGAUUGGAAUCCAACUCUUUUGUAUGUAACUCGCUGGUAACAAUGUACUCUAGAAAUCAUAAGCUGGACCUGGCUACUAGAGCUUUUGAUUGGAUGGAAGAUCCCAGCUCAUCUUCCUGGAAUUCGAUUAUUUCUAGUCACGCCUUGCAUGGCCAUUUGAGUGAUGCGUGGAAUCUUUUUCAUGAGAUGGAAUUCUCCGGAACGAAACCAGACACCAUAACUUGGAAUUGCCUGUUGUCAGGGCAUGCUCUUCAUGGUUCAUAUGAGGAAAUCCUUACCAUUCUGCGACGCAUGCAAACGGCUGGCUUUAGGCCAGGUUCCAGCUCCAUUACCAUCGUUCUUCAAGCUGUUAUUGAGCUGGGCCUCCUGACUGCUGGUAAAGAAAUCCAUGGAUAUGUGAUGAGAAAUGAGCAUGAGUUCGAUGUUUAUGUGGGAACUUCGUUGGUGGACAUGUAUGUAAAGAAUGACUAUAUGUCCAGUGCACAGGCAGUUUUUGACAAUAUGAAGAACAAAAACAUAUUUGCUUGGAACGCACUGAUAUCAGGCUACUCGUUUCAAGGCCAGUUUCAGGAUGCUGAAAGAUUACUGGCUCAAAUGGAGGAGGAAGGAGUUCAACCUGAUUUAGUCACAUGGAAUGGACUGGUUGCUGGGUAUUCCAUGCAUGGCAAGAAUGACGAAGCUCUGGCUGUGAUUGAUGACAUCAAAAGUUCAGGUUCAAACCCAAACGUGGUUACAUGGACUUCUCUCAUAUCAGGUUCUUCUCAGCAAGGCAACUACAGGAAAUCCUUGAAACAUUUUAUUCAAAUGCAACGAGAAGGGAUUCUGCCCAACUCUGCCACAAUUUCCUGUUUGCUUCGAUCUUUCGCAGGCCUCUCCCUUUUGCAGAAUGGUAAAGAAGCUCACUGCUUCAGCAUUAGAAAUGGUUACACUGACGAUGCCUUCAUAGCUACAGCACUGAUCGACAUGUACAGUAAGUCAGGUGAUAUAAAGAGUGCAUAUGCAGUUUUCAGGAAGACCAAAAACAAAACCGUACCCUGCUGGAAUUGCAUGAUGAUGGGAUUUGCAAACUAUGGUCUUGGGACAGAAGUGAUUUCGGUUUUCAAUGAAAUGCAAGGAUCUGGUCUUCUUCCAGAUGCCAUAUCCUUCACGGCUGUGCUCUCCGGUUGCAAGAACUCGGGUUUAGUCAGCGAGGGAUGGAAGUACUUUGACAGCAUGAGCAAAGCUUUUAGUAUAGAGCCAACAACUGAGCAUUACUCUUGCAUGGUGGAUCUUCUUGGAAGAGCUGGGUAUCUUGAUGAAGCUUGGGACUUUAUCCAAACAAUGCCAUUGAAACCGGAUGCCAGCAUGUGGGGCGCUUUCCUCGGGUCAUGCAGAAUCCACAGGAACCUGGAGUAUGCAGAAAUUGCAGCCAAGCAGCUUUAUGAGUUGGAGCCUCGUAAUUCGGCUAAUUAUGUUGUGAUGAUGAGCUUAUAUGCCAUGUCAAACAGGUGGGGAGACGUAGAUCGUAUAAAAGAUGUCAUGUACAACGAAGGACUGAAACCUGGACCUAUAUGGAGCUGGACACAGAUUGAUGACCGGGCUCAUGUGUUCUACGCUGGAGGGAAACCCCAUGAAGAUGAAGGGGAGAUUUACUUUGAGCUGUACCAAUUGGUUUCUGAAAUCAAGGAGCUUGGCUAUGUAGCUGAUAUGGCGUGCGUCCAUCAGCAGGUGGACGAUGAUGCUGAAGGGGAGAAGUUGCUUCUGAGUCACACUGAGAAACUGGCCAUAACUUAUGGACUGAUGAAGAGGAGAAGCAGCAGCAGCGCGCCUAUCCGAGUGAUAAAAAACACAAGAACAUGUUCCGACUGCCACACGGCUGCAAAGUUCAUAUCCAUUGCGAGAGGCUGUGAGAUUCUCCUCAAAGAUGGCAUACGUUUUCACCAUUUCAAGGCAGGGAAGUGUUCUUGCAACGACUACUGGUAG